CUCUCUGGCUGGAUGAUGGCUGGUCCCAUCGAGCCUGAUCCCAGGGUUCUCACAGGCCUUGUGCUCCUGUGGGGGCUGAGGGAGCAGUACCACAACCCAUGGAUGUGACAUGUCCCAGAGGGAGACCAAAGGGGCACUGGCCAUGCCAGGAGUGGAACGCAGUCCAGCGCAGACCAAGCCAGAGAGGAAGAGGGGCCAUAUGAUCAGGACAAGGCAGGACCUGUGGGAAGACACCAGCUGGAGCAGCCGAAAGUGGAGCAGGGCUUCCCCAGGCCCCCGGGGGCCCAGGGCUAGGAGCCUGGCUCGAGACAGGGUCGAGGCCAGUCCCCAGAACACAGCCCGGGAGCGGAGCCGGGUAAGGACGCUGCGCCAGGCCUUCCUGGCCCUACAGGCCGCCCUGCCUGCCGUGCCGCUGGACACCAAGCUCUCCAAGCUGGACGUACUGGUGCUGGCCACCAGCUACAUCGCUCACCUCACCCGCACGCUUGGCCACGACUCGCCUGGCCCCACCUGGCCACCUUUCCUGCGGGGCCUCCGCUACCUGCACCCUCUCAAGAAAUGGCCAAUGCGCUCCCGUCUCUACACCGGUGGCCUGUGGUGCUCCAGCUUUGACUCUACCACGGCCCCCACCUCCAGCCAGAGACCCAAGGAAACAGAGGCCAACCCCCGUGUCUGUGGGGAGGCAGGCGCGCUCCUCCCCACUGGGCCUCCCUCGCCAGCUCUUGCUGACCAGAGGUGCUGAGGACCAAAUCCAAGUGCCAGUCUGGGUGCAGUUUUCUUUAAAGCACCCCACGAAUAAUCUUUGUACAAAGUCAGAACUGGAAUCAUUCAGAAAGUGCUCAGGACAAAGAAUCUGCGUCCAAAUAACCCUUCUGGCUUCGUCGGCAUCUUCUCCGCUGAAUUGUAUGCUCCAGCUCAGGAGGAUCAUCUAGUUAGAAAAAGAAAUUCCUAGUUUUAUCCAAAUUGCAAAACUGUGGUCUGGAUGGAAAGAUAUGAGUGGAAUUGAUCAGUUUUCCUCUAGCUUUUAUAUUCUCUUCACCUGAUGUGGUCCUGAAUGAAGGAAUGUCUGCAGAGACACUUGAAACAAACAUGGAGAAACAGAACAGGAAGAGAAUACUCGGGCUUGUAAAGCAGACCUGACUAACUGCCGAAGUAGAAAUGAUGUGUUUAUAUGGCUCCUGCCUAAGUGAGAGGGUUUUAAGAAACAUUCCCGGACUUCCACUUCCGACAAUAUGGUGAACUAGAGAGAUGUUCAGAGGAAACUUCUGGGCACAGAAAUCUCUGAAUGAUGAAUAAAGUAUCUAAAGAAACAUCUAUAUUUUCUCAAUGCAUUGCUGGACUGGCAUGAAACUGAGGCCUGGGAUCUGGUGUGGUGGAUAAGUGCUGGACACUCAGGUCCAGACUUAGGUCACCAGCAUCACAUGUGUCAGACUGA